GGGGUAUAAUCUAACGAUCAAUUCAAGGAAGUUAACAUUGAAAACUCAUAACGCUACUAUGAACAAAGAGAUAUCAUAUUAUACUGUGGCCUUUCAACUGUUAAAUGUUUAUAUUCACGCUUAAGGUUUACAAAUGUUACAUCAGGAUAAAAGGAGUAUUUAGUAUACUGUGACUGAAAAGCUUUUAUAACAAAAUUCAACAGUGACAUAUUUUAGAGAAAAUUUGUAUAUAUCAAGGAAGUAAUUUUGUGAUGUAAAAAAAAACUUAACAGUGACCUAUAUUUCUGUUGCAAUGGCUCUAGAUCCAGUAACCAAACGUCAUAAACUAUUGCUUACAACAAUAUCAGAUGAACUUGGCAGCCAGGGAGAAGAAUACGACAGUUUCGUUGAACAUUUUAAAGGAUAUGUACCCCGCAGCUUGCUUCAAUCAAAGAAAACUUUACUAGCCAAGUUCGAUGCUUUAGCAUCUAAAGAACAUUUAAAACCAGGAAAGUAUGAUGUUCUGAAAAAGAUUUGCGAAGACAGUGGUAAUAUUGAUAUAAAAAUGUUGGUAGAAAAGGCAGAAACAGACAUAAAUGAACUCUUAAAUACAGGGACAGAAAGAAGUAGCCAUCAGACCACCACAGAUGCAGAUCAGUCAGCUUUAAGGCAAACACCACUUCAACCACCUCCAGUGCAGGAGACUGUAAAUGAUACCGCUGGACCGUCUGCUAAAAAGGCACGUACAGAUACAGCAGUACCAUCUAAACGGGGGCGCACAGAGGUAGAUAGCUCAGAUCUCCCAUAUUACAUGGACGACGAAGGACAAAGUUACUAUGACAACUCGGGGAAAAAUGGUAUUCUACUCAUUCUAAACUCCGAUGAAAAAAGAAAAGGCAGAGAAAAGGAUGUAGAAAAGCUGAAAGGUUUUUUCGGCGGUAACAAGUUACGUUUCGAAGUGUUCGAUCCUAGAAAGCAUGUAACACAAGAUUUAAGUACAGAACAAGUGGACGUAGUUCUUAACGACGUACGAAGAAGGCUGAAUGAUUCCUUUGAAACACAUUAUUACUGCUUUAUUUGUGUAAUUAUGAGUCAUGGAAAUGAGGGUGGUAUAAAGACGAAGAAUGGCACUAUAUCAGUAGAGUAUAUCCGGCAAUUUUUCAACAACAAAAAUAUGCCUAAAUUUGCAGGUAGACCUAAAGUUUUCUUCAUCCAGGCAUGUAGAGGAUCUGCGCAACAGGAUUCACAAGAAACAGAUGAUGCAGAUGAUGAGAAUAGACCGGAAGCUGGACAGAACGAUACCAAAGAUGAAGCUGAUGAAAUUAUUCACAUCCCAGCUGAUGCCGACACAUUACUGGCUUAUGCAACAACAUUGGGCUACAGAUCGUUUCGGAGACCUAGCAUCGGUUCCUGGUUUAUCACAGAAUGUAUAAACGUGUUUGAAAAGUACCAUAAGAAGGAUCAUUUGGAAGACAUGCUCAUCACAGUGCGACAGGAAGUGGCAUUGCGCUGGGGAAAAAAAGACGACGGGGCAAAGCAGAUGCCUUGUGUCUGGAGUACAUUGACAAAACGACUCAAGUUAACGGAAAAUAACACAUAGUAGUUUUGUCAGUAUGAUAUAUUGAGCUUACAAGAUGCUGCGCAAGAAUGUAUGGCUUUUGUCUGGAAGACCCUUAAAGCACUGUUUAGACUAGUUCAAUAUAUAAGAAAUAACUUGCUUCUUUUUACUGUUUUCAUUACUAGCGUGAUCUACUAAGAUAACUGAUGUUUUUAAUUCAGUUUAGUUAUUUCUCGCAGGCCAUAUUAUAAUGAUAAACGGUAUGGAAUAACGUACACGUAUAAUAAGUGAGGCGACAAACAUAUACAUAUAAACAUAAUCGUGCUCGUAAAUGUAAGCUGUGGCAACAUAAGGCUGCGCUUUUGGUACGUGGCAUUCCCUGUUUGAUAUUUGUCUUUGUUUUUUAUGAUUCAAUAGCAGUGGAUUGUUGAAUUGAUAAUCACGUGUUUGUAACCGUGCGAGAAAAAUAAUACAAAAAAGAAUUAUAGGAAAUCUCUGGGAGAGCGAAGCUAAUGUAUUACAUGUACACAGCACUAAAUGUUAUUUUUUAUACCAGGUCGUCUCUAAGGAAGUAAGAAAUUUGAUUCAUUUUACAACAAUUCUUAAUCGGGGAAUCCUUAUUUCUAUUGUCAUAGGAAAUAACUAGUUGAAUAUAAUAAAUAUAAGACACAUAUCACUUUAUUCAGAAAAAAAGACAGGGCUACAGUACGAUAAUGCCACUUAAUAUUGCCUCUUCUGAGAGAGAACAAAAGAUGUUUUGUUCUGUUCUGUUUGUAAUUAUACCAUGCUGUACCCAUUAUUUGGUACUCUAGAUUUUAUUGCAAUGACCGUUGCUUGGCUUGUAGGCUUCAAUUAGUAAACAUGCACAAUGUUAGUUGUAUUGGUUUCAAGUUUCAUGAUGAAUAUAAGUGUUCAUGUAUGUUUGAUAAUGUGCAUUAUGUUCUAGUGCAUACACUAUCAUUUCUAGAAUGUGUGAUCAACGUUUUUGUUUUAUUUACCUAUAUGAAAUUUUAGUCUUCUGUUUGAUAUGAUCUCAGUGGUAAAUGGUGCAAUUUUUCCACACGCGAUGGGUGAAAAUGAAGUGGGGUGGGGUGGGAGGGGUCUCAACGCGCAAUAAAGCAGUUCGCUUUCACCACUAAUUGUUUUCAGUUUUCAGGAGCGUGGUAUUUCCCACAAUCAGUGCAUAUAUCGUUAUUUAUUUUGCGUGUAGAUCUCUCAUUUGACUUAUGUAGUAGUCUUUUAGAACAUAAAAGCUCAAGUGGAUAGAGUUUGCUCCACAUUUAUUGCAUAGUAUUCUGAAAGUUCCGUGCUUUAAUUUGUAUGUUUAAUACGAUAUACACUAGUUGUUUGAAGGCAGCAUCUACUUUGCAAUAACCAUUGAUCUCGGGUAUGUUCUGUUUUAUUUGCGGACACAUGAUUAUAUCUUUAGCAAUUCAGUUUUUUCAUGACAUUCAGCAUGACGAUAUCAUGCAUUUAUAUUUAACUGUCACUUAUAGUAAUACUUGUAUAUGCCUAUUAAAUCAAACCGGAAAAGUUCGACUGAUUUACUUCACAAACUUACAAAAUUUCAAAAGUCUUAACAAGUUUAAAACAUUAAAAUGUAAGUAGUUUAUGAUUUAGAUAUUAUCAAUACCUCAAAGUACACGACAAUGUCCCGGUGUAAGUAUUUACAUGUAACUAUUUGAAUACAGAGGCCUAUGUAAAAGUCGCAGGUACAUUCGUAUAAGUGACGUCAUACGGUCAUAUAAAUAUACACUGCGCAUCUAGUUUUGUCAGAUCGUCGACAGAUUUAAAAGGGUAAAGAUCGAAGAGAACUUGCUGAAAAAUAACAAUUAAGCCAAAAUUGAUACUUGAACUUUAAGAUAAUCUGGGUGAGGUACCCUUAUAUUUUCGGCUUCGGUUCAUGCUUGCUGGGUCUUCUUGAUAAAAAAUUUAUUCCAUUGGUCCUGCUCGCAAUAUAAGCUGAUGGUUUAAGUUUAUUGUGUUGUGCCUUGGUAGUGUUUGAGACAAGGUUUGAAACGGAGGUUUAAAACGGAACGGUGUUAGGUUUCAAGUCUGAAUCAGCAGUUUAAGGUUAUAUAGACAUUUUGGUUUGGAACAGAGUUAAGAUUUGGACAUGGGUGGGUAUAAGAAAUAUUAGUCUCAAGCUUGCGGCGUAUGCUCAUAUUUGCAGGGGUCUGCGAUCCAUAUGCUCAUCCUAGGUCGAGUGGUUCGCGAUAAGUUGUUGAAACGUGUUUGGUUUGAAAUAUAGCUAGACUAAGAUCAAAGAUAUAGGCUGUUUGAUACCAGCUAGAGUUUUAUAUGAUAAGGUCCACAUAUUUAAUUUAUUAGUUUUUGUAUAGAUUUUUAGUUAAUGUUUCAGACAAAAUCUUUUGCCAAAAUAAUCAGAAGCAAGGCAGCUUGAGAAGAAUUUAUUAUACAAAUUUUAUAACAAUCAGAAGCAGAUAGCUCAAGAAAGAAUUGAUAUAAAACGCUCAGUACACGUGACAGUAUUAUAAUAACAGAUCGAUAUUUUUGUUUUAUAUAAAUUUUGUUCAAAUGAUUCAUUUUAUUUCGAAAUGGUAUGGAGGUAUAUUAAUUACGACAUGCUGUUGUAUAUAACAUUUUGAUUUUAAUAAAUUCUAGCAAAAUCAGUUCUGUUUUACACUUUAGAUAGGUGGUAGAAAGAAGAUAAUAAAUGAGCCGUGCCAUGAGAAAACCAACAUAGUGGGUUUGCGGCCAGCGUGGAUCCAGACCAGCCUGCGCAUCCGCGCAGUCUGGUCAGGCUCCAUGCUGUUCGCUUUCAAAGCCUAUUGCAAUUAGAGAAUCUGUUAGCGAACAGUAUGGAUCCUGACCAGACUGCGCGGAUGUUGGUUUUCCCAUGGCACGGCUCAAAUGUUUAUUGUUUGAGUUAGACUCAGUAUUUCAUAUCAUCAAAACAUCUUAAACAUGUAUGUAUGCCUCUUGUUGAAGACUAUAUUAUAUUCAUAUUAAAAAGAAGGAUAAGUGUCCAAGAAGAAACGCCACGUUCCGAGAACAAGGUCCUUCCUAACUGCAAGCCUUUAACAGUAUACAUGUAUGGAUAUGUACAUGAUAUAUACGUACUAUGCUUCCGGAUGAUUUUAUAUAAUAUCUUUAACUCCCACUGAUGUUUUUGCUUCUGAUGGUCGUUGGUUUUUACUUUAUAUGUUUGAUCCAUUACUGUUGUCUAUUGUUUUUCAAUUUGUCUAUUAUUCUAUUAUUGUUUUGGCAGAUUAUAGUUAUAAAUUGCUAACAAAUAAAAAGAUUCCAUCCAAACAUAUUUUCAGCAUUAUCAAAACUAUAGUUCUUUUACUCGUAUGUUUUCUGAUAUGCUCAUUUGCUUCAUGUCCUAUGUAGUAAUUAAUUAAUUGGUUUAUAUAUCAUGUUUUGGGCAGGGAAAAUAAUGAACGUUAGGCAACGGUAGGUUUCUGUGAAAUGACUAUCUGAAUUGUCCAUGAACAUAUUUUUGGAUGGAACCUUUUUAUAAAUAUCUUAUAUCUUCCAGUUCCGAUAGCUAGUGAAUGUGCUAAUAAUUCGAAACAAGUGAAUAGUUUUCUCAGAUAAUCAAUUGUAAUAAAAUCAAGAUACUUUUCA